AUGCCAAAGGAUUUGGCGGUUGAAACUGUUAGCGACCUCUUCGACAGCCAAUACACGGAGGCAAACAAUACCCCGAAGCGGGGACACCUUGUUCAACUGCUUAAAUACUGCCUCCAAACGUUCUUCACAUUUGAAGGGACGGUAUACGAGCAAAUCAAAGGUACGCCGAUGGGCUCACCACUAUCCGGUUUUGUCGCUGAAGCUGUUCUUCAAAGGUUAGAGACGUCGAUGUUUGCAACAUACAAACCAAUGUUUUGGGCGCGGUAUGUGGACGACACUUUCGUCGUUCUCAAACGGGAAAUGGUACUGAAUUUUCACGUGCUACUGAAAUCUGUUCUUCCCGAUUUUCAAUUCACCAUGGAGACAGACAACAACAAUCAGAUCGCGGUUCUAGACGUUCUGGUCCAUCGCAAGGUCAACGGGAGCCUGGAAACGACGGUCUACAGGAAGGCCACUAACACUCGCCAAGUCCUGUCCUACCACAGCAAUCACCCGCUGUGUCACAAACGAAGCUGUGUUGAUCUCUCUACAAGAGAGUUGACACUCACUGAAGCGAACCGGCUGACAAGGUAG